GCCGCUAAGAUUUGAAAUUCAUGAAAAUGGCGGCAUUUCUCCCUCCUCUUCCUCUCUAUUUCACCACCAACUCCAUUCUUUCACCAAUGGAUUCUCCAAGAUUCUCCUCCUCCUCCUCCGUUUGCCUUCUCCGGCAAACUUUGCGACUUCCACAUUAUCUAUCCGCCUUUCGGAAUCGGAUUCUUUCCGUCUCCCAUGGACUCGGCGGAGUACCACAAGCCAUCCGUCCGAGCGUCGAAGAAGCGCGAGUCGGAGGAGCACUCUUUGCAACAGGCCACUGCCAACAAGAGACCCGUGCUUGGCGAGAUUACUAACUCAUUGAUCUUCAGUUCGAGCCAGUGCUCCUUUUCUGAUCAGGAGAUGACGGAUAAGGAUCUGGACAAGGAGGAACUCCCUGAAGGAAUGUCUGUUGAUUGUUCAGAGAAAUCUGGCUCUGCAUUUAGCAUCUAUAGCCAUCUUCGAUCUCUGGAGAUGGAAUUACACAUGAAGUUACUGCCCAACAACAUUGAAAAGGCUCACAAUAGCGAUUCCAGUUUAACUUUCACUCGUAUGCGAGAAAUUCUAGUGGAUUGGUUAGUAGAGGUUGCUGAGGAAUACAAGCUUGUAUCAGACACCCUAUAUCUCACCAUAUCACAUAUUGACAGAUACUUAUCCUGGCAUGCUAUUGACAGAAGCAAGCUACAACUUCUUGGUGUUUGCUGCAUGCUAAUUGCAUCGAAGCAUGAGGAGAUCAGUCCUCCACAUGUUGAAGACUUCUGCUAUAUAACAGAUAAUACAUAUACCAGAGAACAGGUACUAAAUAUGGAGAGAGAAGUACGCACAUUCUUGACCUGUGAAGGCGCCCCCACGAUAAAAGUUUUCCUCAGAAUAUUUACAAAAGUUGCUCUAGAAAAUUGGAAGCAGGCUCCGGAUUUGGAAUUUGAGUUGUUGAGUUGUUAUCUUGCGGAGCUAAGUUUGUUAGAUUACCUUUGUAUGCAAUUCUUACCUUCAAAAGUCGCAGCAUCAGCCAUUUUUCUUUCUAGAUUCACAAUCCAACCAGAGAAACAUCCUUGGUGUUCAGUACUACAACAUUACUCCGGUUUCAGGCCAUCUGAACUAAAGGAAUGCAUUCUUGCCAUUCAUGACUUACAAUUAAAUAGAAAAGGAAGCUCUUUACUAGCAAUCAGAGACAAGUACAAGCAGCAUAAGUUCAAGUGUGUGGCCAAGUUAUCUUCUCCCUCAGAAAUUCCUGCAUGUUAUUUUGAGGACAUUGAUCAGCAAUCAUUCAGCAGGUUCUUAAGAACUUAAUUCUUUGAUGCUUUGAAGCUCAAACCCUUUUCUCUUCCCUUUGCUAGCAUAACAUGCACAGUAACCAUGCACAAAUAAUAAGAACUAGGUACUUGUUAGAUAGAUCAUAAAAGAUAUUUUUUUUGUUCUUUUGGUUUCUCUCUCUCUCUUCAUUGUAGCCUCUUUUCUUCAUUGUAAGAAUGCAAUUGAAUCAUAAUGAAGGCUUUACUCCCCCCUUUCUUUUCUUUUAGUUUCUAUCUCCAAGAAUUGUAUAAAUCAUACAUUUGUAUUCAAGGUAAAGAGGGGAAAUUUCUACUGCUACAUUAUUAUGGAUAAUUUUUUUUCUU